GAACAGUGGGGACCCUGUGGUGCCCGACACCUUCACCCUGCUGUUUGCCCUGGACCCUCGUCCUCUGUGGGCAGCUGCACCUGGAGGAGCAGUCUCACUUCCUGUGCCAGGUUCCCUGGGGACAGGCCCUCCCGGAGGACAGGAGCCUGCCAGGCCCUAGAGCAGUCUGCUAACCAGCCUUUGUGAGAGCUGCUCUCAGCUGAGACUGCCCUCAGGCUCCCUCUCUCCCCAGGCCUCUGAGUCCCUGCCACCGAGCUCUGCCAGUGGGUCCAUACCAGGGUCAUCAUGUUUGACUCUCCCAAGCACUACCAACCGGUGGAAGAGCCCGAGUGCCUCAGCUGUGACAUAGAGGAGCUUUCUGAUCCGGAAACGCUGAAUCCUUCUCAGGAUGCUGAGGGAGGCUCCGCAUCACCCACCAUCAUGGCUCCCAGCACUGUGAGCCCCUCUGAGGCGGACUCCAGUGGCGAUGAAGAGUCGGGUCCAUUCCCCGUGCAGGCCCUGCCCCCCACUGGGUCCUUGGUGGGUCAUACCAUAAGUAGAAAGAAGGCUAAUCUGGUGUUGUUCCUGUUACUUAAGUAUCUAAGUGAGGAACUGACCACCGAGGCAGAAAUGCUGCAGGUUGCCUUCCAAGGUUAUGAGGAGUACUUCCCUGAGGCUUUCAAGGAGAUCACUCGGUAUUUGUACCUGGUCUUUGGCAUUGAAGUGCAGAAAGUGGCCCCCACCAGCCUCUGCUAUGCCCUUAUGCCUGCCCUGGGCUUCACCUAUGAUGGGACGGGAGACCAUGGCCUAAGCUUCCCCAAGACCAUCCUCCUGAUACUCGUCCUGAGUGUCAUCUUCCUUCAGGGCAACCGUGCCAGUGAGGAGGUCAUCUGGAAUGUGCUGGAAGGGAUAGGGGUGCGUGCUGGGGAGGAGCACAUCAUCUAUGGGGAGCCCAGGAAGUUCAUCACCGAGGAUUUGGUGUUGGAGCGUUACCUGGUGUACCAGCAGGUGCCUAACAGUGAUCCUGCUCACUACGAGUUCAUGUGGGGCCCAAGGGCCCACGUUGAAACCAGCAAGAUGGCCAUCCUGGAAUUUCUGGCCAGGGUCGAAGGUACCACCCCCAGCUCCUUUGGUUUCUGGUAUGAGGAGGCUUUGAGAGAGGAAGAGGAGAGAUUCCCCUCCCAGACCCAUUAGGCUGGUGAUGACCAGGGCCAGGGCCCCUCCCAGGCCCGCAUCCAGCAGCUUCUCCUGCCCCCUGCAAUUUGUGAGGCAGAUUCUGCCACCUGCAUGUGAAAAGAGCCACUUUUCUACAUGAAAUGUGUAACGUGUUUGCACUUCUGUUCAGUGUGAGCGACUUGCAGAUUUGUUCUUUUGCGAUAUUUUCUCACAUGUUGUUCCUUUCAGUAGAUUUAUGUAACUUCCAACUUCAAGGUUUUAAGGUGUGGCAUUGGCUGCACGUAUAUUUAUAAUAUAUUAAGAGUUUUGCUGUUGAACAAGUUGUAAAAUCUU